GUUGUCAUGAGAGCGGCGGCCGCGGCCCGGGCGAUGGGCGCUGGCCGCCGCGGCUGCUCCUCGACUGCCACCGCCACUGCGGCUCGGGGGUGCGGGCCGGCCCGGGGCGGCGGCGGAGGCGUUGCCUGAGCUCCGCAGAGGGUGCGGCGCUGCCGAGGGCCGGCGGAGAUCCUGAGUCUUGCGAGUGUCCUGACAGCCUGGCUCACAGAAUGCCCCACAAGAUCGGAUUCGUCGUUGUCAGCUCAUCUGGACACGAAGACGGCUUCAGUGCCCGGGAACUGAUGAUCCACGCACCGACCGUCAGCGGGUGGAGGUCACCAAGGUUUUGCCAGUUCCCACAAGAAAUCGUUCUUCAGAUGGUGGAGCGAUGUCGAAUAAGGAAGCUGCAGCUGCUCGCGCAUCAGUACAUGAUCCCCAGCAAAGUUGAGUUCUACAUCAGUGAGAGCCUGCCUGAGUACUUCACCCCAUAUCAAGCAGAGCGGUUCCGGAGGCUUGGCUACGUGUCUCUCUGUGACAAUGAGAAGACAGGCUGCAAAGCCCGGGAACUGAAGUCGGUGUACGUGGACGCAGUGGGGCAGUUUCUGAAGCUCAUCUUUCACCAAAACCACGUCAACAAGUACAAUGUGUAUAACCAGGUUGCUUUGGUUGCAGUAAAUAUCAUUGGAGACCCUGCAGACUUUGGCGAUGAAACCAAUAUUACCUCCAGGGAGAAGCUGAUUGAUCACUACCUGGGGCACAAUACAGAGGACCCAGCUCUUGAAGGAACUUGCUCUGGGAAGUCUGAUUACAUCUCUCCACUAGACGACUUAGCCUUUGACAUGUACCAGGACCCAGAAGUGGCACAGAUCAUCCGCCGGUUAGAUGAACGGAAGCGCGAGGCCGUGCAGAAGGAGCGCUAUGACUACGCCAAGAAGCUGAAACAAGCCAUCGCUGACUUGCAGAAGGUGGGGGAGCGCCUGGGCAGGUAUGAGGUGGAGAAGCGCUGUGCCGUGGAGAAGGAAGACUACGACCUGGCCAAGGAGAAGAAGCAGCAGAUGGAGCGCUUCCGCAGCCGCGUGUAUGAGCAGCUGCAGCUGCACGAGCUGGUGGAUGCCGAGCUGAUGAGAAGGCCUCUCGACCUGCCCCUGCAGCCCCUGGCCUGUCCCAGCAGCCCCCACCACCAGCCGCCCAUGCGCUCCCUGCCACAGCCAGAGGAAAGGGUGACAGAAAACCGGCUUGCGGACCCUUUCCUUCAGGAGAAGCCUUCAUCACACUGCCUGGACAUGUCUUCUCAGCGUCCCACAGUGGACCAGCCACCUCCCGCCACUGACCCCCCUCCCAAGACCCACCCCGAGUCCCUGCCCUACGAUGAACGGCCUCUCCCCGUGACCCGCAAGCUGCUCGGGGCAGCGGUCUCCGAGGCAGAGAGGAGAGACGUGCUCGGCGACGAGGCUCGCAGGGCGGACGCCGCAGGAGAGCCAGAGCCCCUGACAGAGAAGGCCUUGCGGGAAGCCAGCUCUGCUGUGGACGUGCUAGGAGAGGCCCUGGUGGCCGGAGCCUACUCCAAGACAUGGUCGCACCGGGAGGAUGCGCUCCUCACCCUGCAUAAGCAGCUGGCGGACACGCCCGUGGGAACCCCGAAAGAGGACCUGAAGAGCAUGCUGAGGGCUGCCGUCUUCCUCGUCAGGAGAGCCAUCCGCGACAUCGUGACCCCAGUCUUUCAGGCAUCUUUGAAACUGUUGAAAAUGAUAAUUACACAGUAUAUUCCUAAACACAAACUGGGCAGGCUUGAGACGGCUCAUUGUGUGGAGAGGACGAUUCCUGUCUUGCUCACGAGAACUGGAGACUCUUCUGCUCGCCUCCGGGUUAUGGCUUCUAAUUUUAUUCAGGAGAUAGCCUUGUUUAAGGAAGUGAAGUCUCUCCAGGUCAUCCCAUCUUACCUGGUCCAGCCGCUGAAAGCCAACUCCUCAACUCACCUGGCCAUGAGCCAGAUGGCACUGCUGGCGCGACUGCUGCGGGACCUGGGCACAGAGGGUGCGGGCUUCACCGUGGACAGUGUGAUGCGGUUUUCAGUGCAGGCCCUGGAGCACAGGGUGCGAGAGGUGCGGGAGGCAGCCAUAGGGAUGAUCCUGGAUCUGUACGCGCAGCACCGGGCUCUAGUCCUAGAGUACCUCCCGCCCGACGACAGCGCCACCCGCAGGAACGUCCUCUACAAGAUGAUCUUUGAGGGGUUUGCCAAAAUAGACGGCAGACCCACAGAUGCCGAGAUGAGGGCACAGAAAAGAGCUGCUGCUGAAGAAGCGGAAAAACGAAAGAAAGAAGAAAUCAAAGCUUUGCAAGGGCAGCUGGCGGCCCUGAAGGAGAUGCAGGCCGGAGUCCAGGAAAAAGAGAGUGAAGCUACGAAGGCCAAGAACCAGGACACUCAAGAAAGGAAAGUGGCCCGACCAAACGCUCCAGAAAUUCCAGAUAACCACUAUUUAGACAAUUUAUGUAUUUUUUGUGGGGAGAGGAGCGAGUCCUUCACAGAAGAAGGCCUGGACCUCCAUUACUGGAAGCACUGCCUCAUGCUGACGAGAUGCGAACACUGCAGACAGGUGGUGGAGAUUUCCAGCCUGACGGAGCACCUGCUGACCGAGUGUGACCAGAAGGACGGCUUUGGGAGAUGUUACCGCUGCAGCGAGGCUGUUUCAAAGGAGGAGCUGCCCAGACACGUCAAAACCAGAGACUGUAACCCCGCCAAAUCAGAGAAGUUGGCAAACCGGUGUCCUCUGUGCCAUGAGAACUUCAGCCCCGGAGAAGAGGCGUGGAAGGCUCACCUCAUGGGCCCCGCCGGCUGCACCAUGAACCUGCGCCGGACGCAUGUGCUUCACAAGACGCCCGUGCUGCCACCGGGUAAAGGCCCGGCCGCCACCAGGGCAGGGACCUCAGGAUCCAAGGUGGGAAGCAAGAUCCCCACCCUGAAGGGGGGCCUGAGUAAAAUCUCCAGCAGGACGUACACGAAGCGGUGACAGGACGCAGCGCCCGCCUCCAGAGGAGCCGCACAGCUCCCAUGACGUGGCCGUGUCUCCUCCGAGCAUCCCUAGAUGUGCUGACCCCCACUUCGCCCCAGCUGCCCCAGGCUCCUGGCCGUGCCCGUCCCGAGUGCGGCCCUGUCUCCCGUGGCUCCGCUGUCGGGUCUCUGCCCUCCCGGCCCGGGGUCACAGAGGGAGACGGCUCUGCCGAAAGAGCGGCACCGGGCAGGCGCGUGUAGAGCGACCUCUCCACAGACGGCUGGGAGUGAUUUCCAUAAAGUCCUCGCUCCCGCUAAACCUCUUGCAUGUGGGUCUCUCACAGCGCGGGGGAUGGUUCACAGGGCUCACAGGGCCAGGGUGGGACAAGGUGGGCUGGUGCCUUCGAGUCACCCUGUGCCCCUCCACCCCAGCUGCGACUCCUCCCCUCAAGGUCGGCGAGCCAUCAGCCUGCAGAGCCUGCAGCAGCAUCAAGUAAGGUCAAGGUGGAGAAGUAAGGCCGCUGCCCAGCCCCCUCAGUUCUCACCUGCAGGUGCUCUGAGCACAGCCCACCUGACACCACCACCCCCAUGCUGACCCCCAGCCCAAGGGGAUCGGAGGUUAAUGCUGAUGGCUUCACAGCAGGCCCUUCCUCAGGGGGCUUCAAGUUCUUCACAUGCAUGAAGCCCUGAAAAUAUAUGAGACAUUCCCUGAUGCUGCUGCACUCACCUGAGCAGGUGUCAGUCAGAAAGGCCCUUCCUUAAGCCCCUGGGGCAGAUGGAGUGACCCCCACCCUGUGUAACUUUCAGAGGGGCCUCCGAGUCUCUGCCCAGCCCAUCACACGACCCACGGAGAUCCGAGGAAACUGGAAGUGUAUGUUCUUUUCUCCAACACUGUAUACCGUACUUUAAUAAAAGCCAAGUAAAAUGAUGAAACCAAACCUCUCCUCACCAGCCCCCAACCAACCCAACCCCCUCAGCCUGUGGAAGUGGCUUGCCUGGCUUCAGAGCCAGGUAGCUGUAGGGAAAAGCCAGAGUUUGUCCAAAACGUGCUUGGAAAGGCCAUCUUCAUGUCCAGGCCUGUGGUCCCCAGGUGCCCAGCCCACUAGAGACCCAAAGAAGGUAGCCCUGCCCUCCCUGCCCGGCCAUGUGCCCAGGGGUAUACCUUCCUCCUGAGUGUGUGACAGGUAGUCUUCCAGGAUGCCCACUAGAAACUCACGGAACUGAUGAAAUUUGUUCCACACAGUUAAUGUAAGAAGUUUUAAUUCCAUACCAUGUAAAAUAACAACAAAAAAACCUAGUAGCUCCUUGAGCAAGGUGCUCCCUGGGUGAGUUAGUGACAGUGGACGGGUACUAGUCGGCCUCUGGUGAACUGAUACUUUCCCAUGUGGGUGACUCAAAUUCCUGAGCCAGAGCAAGACUGACAAAGAGAGUUACCUUCAAAAAUACACGCUAUUAAAGAAUUUUAAAGUAUGGGGGGGGGGGGAGAAAUAACAAAAAAAUUUACUCGAUAGAGCAGCGUACGGAUGCCAAGGUAAUUAUAAAGUGAUUCUUCCUGGUUCAAAACGGUGUUCCCAUGACCUUCUAACCCAUUGCUGAAGUACACAUGAAACACUCCUUUAAAUAGAAUGAGAAAAGUUAACCAAGAAAUUAUCCUUUUCUCACCAAUCAAAGCUUUUAAGAAACAUACAUGUAAUGUUUUCUGUAUAUUGUAAUGUAAAGAUGUUUAUAAAAAUACUUAAUUUUUAGUGAUUGACAAAAUUAAUUGCAUUUAAAACAGGUCGAUCUUGCUGAUUACAGAAGAAUCAUGUGUUUAUGUUCAAAUGAUUCCUGGCAGUGAUCAGUGGCCAUUUAAAAGGUUUCCAGUUAUAUGCUAUUAAGGAACCAAGAAUAAAGGAUAAAAAAGUAAAAAGGAACUGUAAGCUGCCUUGGCCAUUCAUAAAUAUCUAAACUUGGAACAGUAAUUAAUAACUGAAAUUUCAUUCAUGAAUAUGUUUUGGCUAUUUAACAAUAUUUAUUUUAUUAUUUUCAUAUUUCAGAGUAUUCUAAUUUAAAAGAAUUAUCUAUAAAUUUGGCAUUAGAAUACAAAUGUAAAUACUUUUAAUGAAAAUUUGCAACUUUUUAAUGUUUUGACAUAGUUUUCUAUUUGUCUUUAUUUCAGGUACCAAAAUUAUAAAACAUCUAAGUAAUAUAUUUUUGUUGUUUCAGGGCUUAGGGGUGAAUUCACCCUGAGCAUGUGGACAUAAUAAAAAGAUUACUAAAUGUUCUGUC